CGCCCCUCCCUGUGGGGAACUCACUGCCCCUGCCUGUCGGGAACUGCCCCUGCCUGUCGGGAACUGCCCCUCCCUGUCCCCGCGGAGUCUUAAGUUCCUGGAGGGACAGGGCGGAGGCGGGCAGGAACCCGAAGCAGGAAAGGCGAGGGCCGCUGUCCGGAACAGCUGUGUCUCCCACCCCGCAGCUCGGAGCAAUGGCGACCCCGGGAGCCCCAGUGGGUGGCGUCUCGUCCCGAGGGCCCCAGUGCCCUCCUGACCCAGCGCUGGAGCCCAAGCAGCUCCCGGAGCUGAUCCGCCUGAAGCGAGACGGAGUCCGCCUGAGCGAGCGAGACAUUCAGAGUUUCGUGCGCGCCGCGGUGGACGGGAGCGCGCAGGGCGCACAGAUAGGGGCCAUGCUCAUGGCCAUCCGACUGCAAGGCAUGGAUCUGGAGGAGACUGUGGCGCUAACCCGGGCCCUAGCCAACUCCGGGCAGCAGCUGGAGUGGCCAGAGGCCUGGCACCAGCAGCUCGUGGACAAACAUUCCACAGGGGGAGUGGGUGACAAGGUCAGCCUGGUCCUGGCGCCUGCCCUGGCUGCCUGUGGCUGCAAGGUACCCAUGAUCAGUGGGCGUGGUCUGGGGCACACAGGAGGCACCUUGGAUAAACUAGAGUCAAUUCCUGGAUUCACCGUCAUCCAGAGCCCAGAACAGAUGCAAGGUCUGCUGGAGAGAGUGGGCUGCUGUAUUGUGGGUCAGAGCAAGGAGCUGGUUCCUGCAGACGGAAUCCUGUAUGCAGCCCGAGAUGUGACAGCGACCGUUGACAGCCUGCCACUCAUCACAGCCUCCAUCCUCAGCAAGAAGGUGGUGGAGAACCUGUCUGCACUGGUGAUGGAUGUGAAGUUCGGAGGGGCUGCCGUCUUCCCGAGCCAGGCAAAGGCCCGGGAACUGGCUAGAGCGCUGGUUGAUGUCGGGGCAGGCCUGGGGCUCCGGGUUGCAGCGGCUCUGACAGCCAUGGACCAUCCCCUGGGCCGCAGCGUGGGCCACACCCUGGAGGUGGAGGAGGCGCUGCUUUGCAUGGACGGCGCGGGGCCACCGGACCUGCGGGACCUGGUCGUUAGGCUCGGGGGCGUCCUGCUCUGGCUCAACGGACAGGCGGAGGCGCUCGUGCUCUCGGACCGCGAGCCCUUCGCCGCCCCCUCGCCCUUCUCUGAGCUCAUCUUGCCGCCGAACAACGCGCAGCAAUAA